AUGGGUUCAAAAACCAAUUUUAAUAGUGGUAAUCUCAUGCAGAGUUAUUACCUAUAUUCAGCUAUAUUAGCCUUAAAAUUGCUUGCUUUAAAACCCCUCGCCUCCAUCGUGUGUCAUCCAGAAAAAGUGCAGCGUGCUAAUAUAAGUGAUUUAAAGAACCUGACUCCUUUUUGGCUGGUAGCCGGUCUGUAUAUGACAACAUCGCCGGACCCUGUAACCGCUCUUACUCUCCUAAGAGUGUAUGUCUUGGCCAGGAUAAUAGCAGCUGUUGGCUAUGUGACAAGGAUACCGACAAUGAUGAAAGAAUUAGCUUUUUUUGUAUCAUUCACGAUAACCACAUACAUGGCUACCUGUGUUGUUAUGAAGUAUAAUCACGCUCUGUGA